CAUAAAGCCACCUCUCUUGAGAUUUGUAGUCCUGCAAGUUGCAUGGUGACCUUACUAGUGUUGGUGGCAUGAAAAAGCAUCUAGCCAUAGAAGUCAAACCAAAGCAGAUAUUGGGGCACGAUGCAGUCCUUGGACCUGUCAGAUCCUGCCAAACCAUCCAGUCCAUGCCAGCAUGGAACACAGAUGUUAAUGAUGAUGAUGAUGAUGGUAUAUAUUACACAUAUGUCUCAGUAUAUAAAAGUUUAUUGGGCUAUAUAUAUUAUGGGUUGGGAUUAAAAAUUGUUUGUAUGAAUAGGUAAAUGUAUUUAACAUUUAACACAUCAGUUGUCAUUAGUUUUAUAAACAUCAUAAAGAAUGAAAUAUGUGGCAGUUUCAUGGGCAAAAAGAAAUUAAAAAUUGAAUUUGUAACAAUUGCUUUUUUGCAAAAUUGUUUCCUCCCAUGAUGAGUCAGAAAAAAAAUUUCAUAAGUCACACAUGAACAUCUUAUUGCUGGUUACAUUCUCCAAAACUGAUAGGGAUGAAAUGGAAUUUUGGAGAAAUUUUUAUUGCCAAAUUGUAAUUUCUAAUGUUUAAGACACAGAAAUCCAAAACAAUAUUUGAGAGCAAAUAAAUAAAAAUGUUAGUAUGAAACGUUUUCAUUCUGAAAAUUUGUAAGCAAAUCAAUUAGCUUUUUUUGCAAAUUCAUAAUAAUAAUAUGUGUAUGUAGAUUUGUUUCUUAUGUAUGCACUCGCUGUCAACAAAUGAAAUGUCAAAGAGAUGUGUUUGAUGUGAGGGUCACAGUUAAGAUGAUAUCUGGUCUAUAUUAAGAGUAGCCAAGCAGAUAAAUAUUUAGUAAUUUAAAUGCUGAAUAAUUUUGAGGGCAGAUAGUGAAAGACAUGGAAGAGUUUAGCAGAAAUUACACAUUAGUAUUAAAUUUCUGUACAAUUAUACAUCAUAGUUUACAGAAUAAUCUUGUUCAUUUGUAUUUCUCUCAAUAUUGACAUAGCAAAUGGUGGAGGAAGUCAGAAAGAAAUAGGUGUAUGGUGACAUUCACAUAGUAAUUGCUGAUUCGAAAUAUAUCAAAAACAUGUAUCUGUAAGAUUUUGAAAACAGACUGACAGCAUCCAGUACACAGUUAACUGUUUUUUAAAACCUUGAUUAAGUUACUGUGAAUUUUAAAUUAAGGCUGCAACAGAGAUAUGGAACAUGAAAAUUUCCUUGGUUUGUGUACAGUGUCUUCCAGAUCUGUGUGCAUCUCGAGGACUGGAGUCAUUGUAGUUGCUGAUUUUAAAUUUCAAGAUUGAAUUCUAGUGAGAGAAACUACUCCAAUGCAAUAUCUUGAAACUGUUUCUUUACAAUCAAGACUUCUAUAGACUUUGUCAAAUGUUACAUUUUUUUCUGUAUGAGAAAAUAACAUUGUAAUUAUUUAUUGAAACGUUUCAGAGAAUUUCAUUUUCUUCAUUACACAUUGAAAUUAAACAAAAAUUUUUUUAGAAUAUUUGAAAGAAAAUCAUGGAAGACAAACUGGAGGAGAGUCAGGCCUGUGAUGAAACACAGCCUGAAUCUAGUGAGGUAUCUAAUCAGGAGUGUGUAGAUACAGAGAAAAAAGCUUAUCAUUUUGACAUUCAUAAGAAGACAUUCUCACAAUAUAAUGUACUUCUUACAAGCAUAAAACUUAAAUAUUCCAAAAUGUGUAACAAAACAAGUGCUAAGAGCCGUUCAUUCUCUAAGGGUAUUCAGUCGGAUCAGAGUGAUUUUGAAUGCUUAAUCUGUGGUAAAAUAUUCUCUCGGAAAUCUUAUUUGACUAGACACAAACGUAUACACAGAAGCAAGAAAUCAUACCGCUGUGAUAUCUGUGACAGAGCUUUCAAUGACAGCAGUACUUUGACGAAUCAUAGACGUAUUCAUACUGAUGAGAAGCCAUAUCACUGUGAUAUUUGUGGGAGAAGGUUCACUCAAUUUGGUCAUUUGAGUAGACACAAAUAUACUCACUCAGGAGAGAAACCACACCGUUGUGAUAUUUGUGGGAAAGCAUUCUCACAGGUUGAUAGUUUAACUCGUCACAUACGUAUUCACACAGGAGAGAAACCAUAUCAAUGUGGUGUUUGUGGUAAAACAUUUUCUCGAAGCUCUUAUUUAAGUGUUCACAAAUCUGUUCACACCAGAGAAAAGCCACACCGCUGUGACAUCUGUGGGAAAACCUUCUCUGGGAGAGGUAACAUGACGAAUCACAAACGUAUUCACACUGGGGAAAAACCAUACCAUUGUAAUAUAUGUGGGAAGACCUUCUCUGGAUGCAACAGUUUAACUAGUCAUAUACAAGUUCACACGGGAGAUAAGCCAUACCACUGUGAUAUUUGUGCAAAAACGUUCUCUACCAGUAGUAGAUUAACUAGACAUAUACGCACUCAUACUGGUGAAAAACCAUUCCAUUGCAACACCUGUGGUAAAACAUUCUCUCAAAAUGGUCAUUUAACUCAACAUGUACGAGUUCACACUGGUGAAAAACCAUUUCACUGUGAUAUCUGUGGUAAAACAUUCACUCAGAGAGGUCAUUUAACACUUCACAUACGUGGUCAUACAGGUGAGAGACCAUACAGUUGUGAUAUUUGUGGUAAAGCAUAUGCUGAUAAUCAGAGUUUAACUCGUCAUAAACCUGUGCACACAAAUAAGAAAAAAUCAUGAUAUCUAUCAAGAAAUGUUGAGAAAGGACAAUAGUUUGAUAAUCACAAAGUCAUGGUACACAAACCAUUAAACAAUAUACUUUGCUGAAAGAAAAAAAUGUCCAAAUUACUACUUCAUGACACUAUACAGGAAUUCCUGUAAGAUCGGUAAUAUAAUAAAAUGUCAUGAAACUUCAUGGAAACUAGAUAAAAGCCAUAUUUAUAUAUAUAAAACUUAUGUGAUUUGAGAAUAUUUUGCAAUAUGUCAAAGGAAAUUAUAAAUCACCCUAUUGUGCUACUGUUUUUGACUUUCUAAAACAAUGUUUUAUCAUUUGCAAUCAGAUGCAUUACAUGGUUGAAAAGUUUUCAAAAAUAAUAUUCGCACACAGGUUAACAAAUAUCACUAAUUUGUAAUAUUUUUAAAAAAAUUUGAUCUUUUCAAUAAACAUUUUUUUUUUUUACCCAGAACAUUCUUCAAUGUGGUAUAAUUCACAAAUUUACUUUGGAAUAAUUUUCUUAUUUAGUCUGAUUGCACAGACAUUUGUCAUUAUUUUCAUGUUAUGAGCAAUCGACAAUUGUGUUUUGUGACUGAAAUACUUUUGUGUUUUUCAAUAAUUAAAAUUAUUAUUAUCUGAGAAAACAUUUUUGU